AUCAAAUAUUAAACAACAGCUGAUUUUAAUUAAGUUUUAAUUAGAACACUGUAAAACUCAAUUACCCAGAAACCCACAGGGCACCUUCACAGAGUUUAUAGCCCAGCUGAAGAACUGUUUGUUGUACAAAGGUCUUUAAUUCAUCGAGCGAUGUGGAGAACAAAAAAGAUUUUUAAUGUGUAGAAAACCUGAAGAUAAAUAAAUACAUGGGGGAAGAAAGAAAGAAAGAAAGAAAGAAAGAAAGAAAGAAAGAAAGAAAGAAAGAAAGGACUGCUGUGAUGUUGGAGUUUGUCCAGCAGGGGGCAGGAGUCACCAGGUCAGCUCUGAUGUUACAUGUUUACAGCCUCAUCAUCAUCAUCAUCAUCAUCAUCAUCAUCAUCAUGUGUCACGUGUGUGAUUACACAGAUCUACGUUUAACAAUCAACAGCUCAUUCUUGCAGCACGCGUCGUUACCAUGGCAACAUAAAGUCCUCAUCCUCUGUGGUCAGCUGUUCUUCCUGUCUCUCUGAGUCUCUGAGAGUCUCUGUGAGUCUCUGUGAGUCUCUGAGAGUCUCUGUGUCUCUGUGAGGACAGACUCCGGUCUGCAGGUCCGUCUGUUGAGCUGGUCUGAGGCUCAGUGAGGCGCACGAGGUCUCCGUCUGCAGUCACUCUGAGCGCGCGAGGAUCUGUGUCCAUCCGGAAACACGCGCACUGCUGCUGCUGGGUCAGGAUGGCACCGACGGAUUCAUGAGGAGCAGCUGAGGCGGACAUGAGUCUGGACAUCCAUGGAGAGGUUUUAUAAUGACAGCCAAGAAGACCAGAACCAGGACCACCCGGACCACCAGGACCGGCACCAGGUGGUCACAGCGGGAGCGGACAGCCCCGGGCGGAGUGGAGGCGCGAGUCUGCGCGCGCUGACCGGCUGCGUCCUGUGCGUCCUGAUCGUGUCCACCCUGCUCGGGAACACUCUGGUGUGCGCCGCCGUCAUCAAGUUCCGCCACCUGCGCUCCAAAGUCACCAACUCGUUCGUCAUCUCUCUGGCGGUGUCCGACCUGUUCGUGGCCGUGCUGGUGAUGCCGUGGCGGGCGGUGUCCGAGGUGGCCGGCAUCUGGCUCUUCGGGCGCUUCUGUGACACCUGGGUCGCCUUCGACAUCAUGUGCUCCACCGCCUCCAUCCUCAACCUGUGCAUCAUCAGCAUGGACCGGUACUGGGCCAUCUCCAGCCCCUUCAAGUACGAGCGCAAGAUGACGCGCCGGUUCGCCUUCCUGAUGAUCGGUGUCGCGUGGACCCUCUCCAUCCUCAUCUCCUUCAUCCCCGUGCAGCUCAACUGGCACCGCGCGGACGCGGACAACUCCACCGCGGACAACCCGGACGACUGCAACGCGAGCCUGAACCGGACUUACGCCAUCUCCUCGUCCCUCAUAAGCUUCUACAUCCCCGUGGUGAUCAUGGUGGGCACGUACACGCGCAUUUUCCGCAUCGCUCAAACCCAGAUCAGACGGAUUUCUUCUUUGGAGAGGGCGGCAGGACCGCGUGCGCAAAACCAACGGCACCGCGCGUCGACGCACGACGAGAGCUCCCUGAAGACUUCUUUCAAGAGAGAGACGAAGGUGUUAAAGACUCUGUCCAUCAUCAUGGGGGUGUUCGUGUUCUGCUGGCUGCCCUUCUUCGUCCUGAACUGCGUGGUCCCGUUCUGUGACCUGGACAAACUCGGAGACCCGCCGUGCGUCAGCGACACCACCUUCAGCAUCUUCGUGUGGUUCGGCUGGGCCAACUCGUCCCUGAACCCGGUCAUUUACGCCUUCAACGCAGACUUCAGGAAGGCCUUCUCCACCAUCCUGGGCUGUCAUAAAUACUGCUCCAGCUCCACGGUGGAGGCGGUGGACUUCAGCAACGAGCUGGUGUCUUAUCACCAUGACACCACCAUGCAGAAGGAGGUCUGCGCCAUGCCGGGCCCCGGGGCGCAGAGACUCCUGCCGCCUCCGCAUGCUCCGCACACGGGAGGUAACCUGGAGCAGGACUUUGACAAAGUUUCUGUCAUUUCAGGUGAAUCCCGCAACCACAACCUGCUGCUGCCCGCACUCCUGCAGUAUGAAUGUGAGGCGGAGAUUUCCCUGGACAUGAUGCCCUUCAACUCCUCCGGACCCACCGACUCUUAUCUCAUCCCGGGUCAGAUCCAGGACCUGUGAGCUCCUCUGAAACAGACUCACCUGUUCACUUCAAUGCAGCAUGGAGCGGUGACCUCUGACCUCUGCUGAUGGAGCCAAAAC